CGUGCCGCAAUCGAAUUUGUUUACCCAUUAAAAUUGGUAAAUUGUGAGAAAUCUCAACAUGCUGGACAUACAAACACAUAUGGACUUUGUUGGUCAGGCCAAAGCCGAGCGCUGGUCGCGUCUAAUUAUAACUUUCUUUGGCGUAAUCGGGCUCAUCUACGGUGGAAUUGUCCAACAGUUCUCGCAAACAGUUUACAUCCUUGGCGUUGGCUUCUUGAUUUCUUCCCUCAUAACGAUUCCGCCCUGGCCGUUUUACCGGAACAAUCCCCUCAAGUGGCAGAAGCCGGUGAUAACCGAGCAGAAAUCGCAGACUGGCGACUCCAGCGACGAGGGCAAGGCCAAGAAGAAGGACAAGUAGAGUAGUGGAAACAAUAGAAAUAUUUAAAUAAAAACCAACUUCAAUCUUUAA